CAAACCCAAUCUUCACUAUCACACUCCAACAAAAAAAAUAAUAUCAACAACACAAAAUCCUCUCUCAGUUCUCUCUUCUCUCUCAACGCUACCAAACUGUUUUACCCUAUGGCUAUGGAAGCGCUUAACUCACCAACCACCGCUACUCCUUUCACUCCCUUCGAGGAACCGAAUCACAGCUACCUCGAUACACCAUGGACGAAAGGUAAACGUUCUAAGCGUUCUCGGAUGGAUCAAUCUUCAUGCAGUGAAGAAGAGUAUCUCGCUCUCUGUCUCAUCAUGCUCGCUCGCAGCGGCAACAACAACAGCAACAGCUCCACCGCGAAACAGAUUCUAUCUGAUACUGAAUCGGCGCCGGCGCAGGCGCCGCUAACCACCGUUAAACUCACUCACAAAUGCUCUGUUUGCGAUAAAGCUUUUUCAUCUUACCAAGCACUCGGCGGACACAAAGCCAGCCACAGAAAACUCGCGCUUAUGUCCGCCGCCGCCGAAGAUCAGAAUCAGAACCAGAAUCAGACUACCACCACCUCAUCCGCCGUGACGACCAGCUCUGCAUCCAACGGAGGUAAAAUCAAGACUCACGACUGUUCCAUCUGUCACAAAUCCUUCCCUACCGGACAGGCUUUGGGAGGACACAAGCGUUGCCACUACGAAGGCGGUGUAGGUGGCGGAGCCGGAAGUAGCGCCGUAACCGCCUCUGAAGGAGUUGGAUCCUCUCACAGCCAGCACCGUGACUUUGAUCUUAAUCUCCCGGCUUUUCCGGACUUUUCAAAGAAGUUUCUCGUGGAUGAAGAAGUUUCCAGCCCUCUUCCUGCCGCAAAGAAGCCAUUUCUAUUCAAGAUUGAAAUUCCUCAUCACUGAUUAUAGAUCCUAGUUUAUUAUUAUUUUUAUUACUGCUUAGUGCAUAGUUAUUUUAUUUUCAAUUAUUUCAGAUCAAUUUGUUUUGUACAUACAAAUUGGGAUUGGUUUUAGAAUUCAGAUUGUACUUAGUCAAUGGAAAUUCAAUUCAAUUGAUUUAAUUUAAUUAUUUUAUUUAAUC